GCCGAAAUCCACUAGGCCCCCGCCCGCCUCUCGACCUCCUCAUCCCGCCGGAGCACGCCUGCCCCCCUUCCUUUUCUACACCCAUAGACCUCCUCCUCCCCGUCCUCUCUGCUGCUGGAUUGGCGCGGGCUGGGAUUCCGUCGGAGACGCGCUUCCUUCUGUCGCAAUUCGCCGCGCAGAGGGAGUCUGGGAUUAUCCUUGUAAAUUGAGCUUUGGCACUCUUGGAUUGGAUGGAGUUCUCAUCUAGCGAAGAAGAUGGACUCGUUGAAGAAUUCAUAGAUGUUGAGGAUGAUGCAGGCACCGCUGAUGUUGAUCAAGCUGCGAUGACUUCCCAGACUAAUUGUACCGACCAUUCUGAUGGAUCCAUGUUGACCGCUGGAGAUGAGCUGCUUGUGGCAGCUGAUGAGCUGGUCAAGAACGGUGAACCAUGCUUGGGCAUGGAAUUUGAGUCCGACGCAGCUGCGCGUGCAUUCUACAGCGCGUAUGCGCUACGCCUUGGGUUCGGCAUCCGUGUUGCCCGAUCCCGCACCGAGCGGCGGAAAGGUAUCGAGGUGCUCGUCACGAAGCGCUUUGUGUGCAUGAAAGAGGGACAUCACAAGAAGAAGGAUGUUGAAUCUAGCGACAAGAAGAGGAGGAAGCGCCUCUCUAUACGGGACGGCUGCCCAGCGAUGAUGGAGGUGGUGUGGAGAAGGCAAGAAAAGUGGGUCAUCACGAAGUUGGUGCUGGAGCACACUCAUGUUAUUGUUAGCCCAGACAAGGUGCGGGAGGUCCAGCUCCGUCGCCUCUCUGGAAAGGAACAUGCCGAUCAAUUGCAGGAGGUGCGGAGGAAUGUGUUUGGUGACACUGAUGCAUGUGCUCUCUUCACCUACUUGAUGAGAAAGCAGUCGGAGAACUCUGGUUUUUUCUACAACAUACAAGUUGACAGUAGAAACUGCUUGAGGAGUGCAGUUUGGGUUGAUGCAAGAGCUAGAAUGGCAUACAAAUACUUUGGAGAUGCUGUUUACUUCGACACCACUCAUAGUAAAAAUGAGAAUAUGUUGCCUUUUGCAGCUUUCACAGGCGUGAAUCACCACGGUGACAGUGUUGUUUUUGGUUGUGCGCUGGUCUUGGAUAAGGCAGAAUCUUCAUAUGCUUGGAUUUUUGAUACAUGGCUGACAGCAAUGGAUAAGCGAUUGCCGUUUUCGUUUACAACAGAUGAAGGCAGAACAAUGACAGAGGCAGUUGGCAAGGUAUUUCCUCAAUGUUUCCAUCGACUUUGUAGAUGGCGAGUUCUUUCUAGAUGCAAGACGAAAUUGUCGGAUGUCUACAGGAGAUUUCCUGGGCUCCAUAUCGAGUUAAAGAGAUGUGUCAACGAGUGUGAUACCAUGCCUGCUUUUGACAUGCUCUGGGGUUCUAUUCUCGACAGGUAUGGCCUGAGGGAGAACACUUGGCUGGGAUCACUAUUUGAAGCAAGACAUAAAUGGGUUCCUGCAUACCUAACAAGCUCCUUCUUUGCAGAGUUGUCACUGACCCGUAGAGCAGAAACGGUCAGUAGGUUUUAUAGAAAUAACUUCACUACAAGAGGGUCCCUCCUUUCUUUUAUCACUAGAUUUGAUCAACACAUAGACAGAUUGUAUACGAAUGAAGCUCAGAAAGAUCUUGCUUCAUUUCCUCCUGAACAACUCCUGAAAACCAAUUCGAUCUUGGAAAAACAAGCAGAGAGCAUCUACACAAGGGCUGCAUUUGAAAUAUUCCAAACGGAGUUGAUUGAAUCGCUGCAUCACUAUGCUAUUAAGGUUCAGGACGGCCCUUAUGAAGACAAGUACUAUGUCGAAAGACAUAGCGAUCCUCCUACCAGGCACACUGUUGUCUACAAUAUUGCCGAGAAGAAGGCUUGGUGUGACUGCUGCAGGUUUGCUUUCUCGGCGAUAUUGUGCAGACAUGUGCUCGGAGUAUUCAUCCUGGCAGACAUCGACAUGAUUCCGGAGCCAUGCAUCACGAAGCGGUGGACGAAAAAGGCAAAGACAGGGCCAGUGUGUGUUGGGCGAAAUCUCGAAGGUGAAAACCAGCACACAAAUUCUGUGACUUGGAGAUUCAAUGAUCUAGUUCGCGACGCGAUGAAGUGUGCAGAGAAGGGAACUCUAUCAGCAGGCUCCUUCAAAGUCGCAAAGGAAGUAUUGCAGAAAGCCUUCAGGGAAAUAGAGAAGCUGACCAAUGCUGGUCCCCAGCAAGUUGGCAACAUAUAGCAGCAGUGGGUAGUGGUGUUCAUUGCCGGUUCCAUCUGGACCUGUGAAAUCUGUAGUUCAAAAUUUUGUACUAAGGCGAGAAGCAUGGUGGGAGCUAUCGAAGGAAAAUGAACUAACGCCCUAGUCGCCAGUUUUUACAGUUUGGCUUCAAACCAGUUAUGUACGCCCCUGACAGUGGCUUUGAGCAUUGUUACGGAAGGAUGAAAACGAGCCCUAUUUCUGCUGUAGUACUAUGAGCAAGAACUUGCGGCUUGCCACCGUAUCAUGGCAGUAACCA